UCCCUUUGAGUGUAUUAUAAUUUUGUGAUAAAAAAUUUCAAGGAAAAAAACACACAACCUCCUUCCUCCCCUUCCUUCGGGGAGGGAAGAGAGUGGGAAACAAAAUCUAUCCGAGAGAAAAAAGGAGAGAGAAAAAGAUAUAUGAGUAAGGGAGAUACAGAAGAGGGGGGAGCAAAUUAAAAGUUGCCAAAUGGAGAUAUUAGGUUUCAAGUGGGGUGAGACAGGAGUACGGGCUUGCCUUUUUUAAACCGUCUUGAUGUUUAAAUAAAUAUUUAUGGCUGUCCAUUAUUUAGCUCUAUUUUGGGACAGUGCAGUAACCUGAGAUUUCCAAAUAAAAAUAAUGGGAAAGAGCACGUUAGGUUUCAGGGCCAAAUUAGAAGACGAGCGAGAGAUCGAAAAAAAAAAAAAAAAACUUUCGGCUUUAAACCUCGGCACUGGCAUGUCCAGGAUUUAUUUAACCUAGCAAUUAUGCAUUUUCACAAAAUAAAUUAUUUUACGUAGUUUCAAACAAGGAACCAAAUGCAAGGAAAGCUUUCGGCGGAAGACUGCCAUCACCUCGGUGAAAGAAAAAAGCGUGUGUGGUCACAGGGCGACUUUCUUUGUGUGAUCUGUCAAUUGGGUCUAUUUUUGGACAUUAAAAAUUGCUACACAUUACGUUUCUAAAAAGCGAAGACAUGAAUAUGUUUCUGAGCUAGAUUACAAAGAGUGAAAGGGAGAAUAAGCGAGAGAGAGACUGACCGAGAAUUUUUGCUGAUGAGGACCAAAUUGCCUUAAAAAAAUCUUUCAAUGACUCAUUGAUUGAACUGGUUUAAAAUUCGUUUUUUUUUUUUAUUUUCCACUCCCUUGAUGAGGUUGCGAGAGGAAGGAAAAAAUAGAAAAAAAAAUAUUUUAUAAUCUCCUCCCUCUUUUUCUCUUUUCUCUUUCUGGUUAACGCUGUUUUGUUUUUUAAACAUCUGUUAACCGAUCUCUCGGGUGUUUCGAUUUUCUCUUCCUGCUUGUGCAAUCUUGUUUUUCUUUAAUCGAAAAUCGUUUGAGGUUGUUACCGCAUUUCAUUAGGGAUCGAAAUGAAAUAUGUUAAAAUGGCUGCAUUUCUAAAGACUGGUGGCUUAAUGCUGGGGUUUUCUGUUUAUUUAUGUGCUGCUAUACAUAAGGAGUAAAACAAACACGUCUCCGUUUUGUAAUGCUAAAAUGUAAUCACUAUCAAUACAUUUUUUAACGUCUGUUUUAUUAGGAAUGAUUCACAUCGAGGUCUGUUUUUAUUUGUAAAAUAAAACGUUAAAAUUAAAUAUAUGUUGGGAGUUUUAUUUAACAAUGGGUUACAGAAAGAAACGAUGAUUAUUUUGAAAGAAUGUUUAUAAACCCUUUUUUUAUUUUUGUGCAGGGUAGUGUUUUGUAUGCUGUUUUUGAUGCAACACUAACUUUAGAUAUUGUUUAUUUUACGAUACCUUCUUAAGUGAUAGUUGUAUUUGGAUUUCGUCACGUUUUCGUAUUGUUUAGUUAUAUACUUUUUACAAUCAGAAUAGUAUUCGCAAAUUUUAAAGCAGCCUAAAAAUGGUCUUUGAUUAUUUAGAUGGUCAGUUAAGUAAUUCAAGACAGAAAUACAUAAACAUGUUGUUCCUGUUUGGGCCUUAGUUGGAACAAAACAGUUUUUGUUCAGAUUUACGUAGUGAUGUUUUUUUUUUUUUUUAAGUGUACGGCAGAUAAAGUACCUUUUGGAACAUGUUAUAAAAGUGUAUUUUUUUGACUACCUGGCGUUUUUAUUAUAUUAAUAUUAAAGUGAAUGCUUUUGAAAUCAGCUCUGUGUCUGGCACUGUGCCAGGGUCUGUGGCGCAGUUAUUAACGGUCGCCGCCAUUUUAAGACAAAACAUUACUAUUGUAUUCUUUCAUGAUUUAAAUAUUAUGUUUCAAUUCUUUGAAUAUACAGUACAAUUUACUAAACGGUUACACUGAAUUUACGUAUAGUUGUAAAAUAUGAAUACAUGCUGAGUAGACUACUUUUUGUACAUAGGAAGUUAUUUGGUACAGGACAUUUAUUUGUUUAUUGCAGUGUGUGUAUAUAUACAAAUAUAUACACACAGACAAUUCAUUCAAUUUGCUAUAUGCCCACGUGGGUGAGGGGAUUCAGGUACACAUGGAAACAAUUUAAUUGCUCAUUUAAGAAUACUAAUAAUAUUUUCUUUUCUUCAUGAGCUCUUAUAUUCAGCUUACUGUUUUUGUAAUACCAGUUUCAUGGGCUCCUGUUUUUGAUGUUACACUAUUGUACAAUACUUUUGCCCAGUGUCAGUAUUAAUAAAGUAUGCUUAAUUAGCCUAAACUGAUCCAGGGCUAUUACGUUUUAUGGAUUGAGGCUUCUCAGAUAAGAGCUGUCUCAAAAUAUUGUAGUUUGUGAUCUCCAGAAUGAGCACAGUGCUGCUCUACCAUGUGUAUCUGGGUAACCCACUGCUCUCAUCAGAGAAUACCCAGAAACCAACCCAAAUUCCCCAUUAGGCACACAUUUACCACCAUGACGUUGACCAGCAGCUCCUGUUCCUUCCUUAACUAGUAAAUGCAGGGGCUUAAAUUACCCAAAAGUCCUAUGUUUUUCUGUUGUGUUCUGUUCUGUAAAUAGUGUGUGAGCUUUUAGUUAGAAGUCGCACAUCCUGGUUUCAUGCAUGCUCACACCUGUGUUAACCUGCAUUAUAAACCACUGGAUGGAAAACAUGCAUCCUGAUUGGCUAAAACAAUGGUUAAUACUCUUGGUAUACGUCUGGAGAGUUGUUCACCACCAAACAAAUAAUUACAAAAUACACAAAGCAUGUCAAAUAUUUUCGUUGACUUAAGUGUAGUCACAGCGCGCAGAGGGAAUUACCAGAGGCUAUGGACUGGUUUGGCAAAUAAGCCCAUCCAUGUUUCAGGGAGUACUUUGUUUACCUCAUUUGAAAUGAGGCCGAAGCGAUGCGGACAGCACAGGAUUGGACCUGCAAGAGCAGCCCUGUGGCUUCAAGGGGCUCAUAGGAACUUAAGUGUUAAAUGAAUAUCUUCAGGCGCCACGCUAUAACCCAUUGUCAUGGAUGAUGAUGAUGACCGCCGUCUUCUAGAUAUAAUAGGGGAUGUGCAGGCAUUAAAUGAUUAUCUUCAUGGCUCAAGCAUUAAAUCGAUUGAUGACGAUGACUUGGCCAGUGCUGCCUUUGGUUCAGCCAACUCCCUGUUUGCCAGUUCCACUAGUGCUGGCCCCCCGAUCCUGAAGGAUGUGAGUAACCACCUGGGAGGACCUGCGGGGGCAGGGCUGCAGCUCUCCAGCAGCCUGCAGUUUCUGGAGGACGAGCUAGGGGGCGCCUCUCCCCCUAUGGGGGGUGAGCUGAGGGAGGAGCAACCCUUCGACAUCCUGCAGAAAUCCCUCCAGGAGGCCAACAUCACAGAGCAGACGCUAGCUCAGGAGGCCUUCCUGGAGUCAUCCUCCCUCUAUCCGAGCCAGCCCUUCCCUCAGCAGCUGGGGCUGUCGCACCUCCCUCUCCUGCAGCAGCCUAUUGGGGGGCACUUCCCUAACAUGCAGCCCCACAGCUUCAUCCAGCAGGUCCACCCUCAGCACUUGCACAACGGACACCCAGCCGGCCACAUCCAGCUGCUGGGUUCCUUCAACGCCCAGCCCUCCAUGAUGACCAUAAACAACCUGGAGCGACCCCAGAUCAUCCUGAAGCCAGGCCAGCCCUCCUCCCCUGGCAUGGGCAGUGGGCUUCUGGUCCAGAGGCAGCCCAGCAGCAGCAGCAGUGCUGGCUGUGUUCCCAUGUUCAGCAGCUCCGUGGGCACACAGCUGGCCAUGCCCUUCAAAGGCUGCGGGCUCCAGACUCCCCUGCCGCUGCAGAACAUCAUCAUACAGAGAGAUCCCUCUCAGUCUCUAGGGGGGAAUGCUGCCAUGACUGCAAACCAGAGCCAGAAAGGGUCUAUUAGCAUUCAGCCCAAGCCCCUGCAGGUGGGCCAUCAGACCGUGUACAGUGUGAACAGCAUGGGGAUCCAGUCCCAGCAGCAGCAGCAGGGCAGCCCCUAUGUCUCGGACAGCUCUCCCCAAGCAGGCCAGCAGCAGCAGAUGACAGUUGACACCGCCAAUCAACCAGGGCUGAGGAAAGCCACGCCUGGGCACCAGGGGAUCAACCACUCUGCCAGCAGUAUUGUGAUCCACUCUCCCAUGGGAGGGCAGCACCAGCAGCUCCAGCAGCAGCAGCAGCAGCCACACUUACCUCAGAACCAGUUCCUGCUCCCUACAUCCCUCUCCGUCACCCCCAGCUCGACGGGACACAGCGUCCAGGCUCUCAACGGACAGAUCCUGCACACCCAACAGGGCCAGCUGCAGUCUAACAAUGCCGACCCAGUCUUCAGCAACCGGACUGCCGCUAACCCCUCCUACUCCGGUUCCAUCAUGGCCAAUCACAAUGCAUCUGUGCAGGUGAUUUCUGGGCAGAGCUUGGCAGCCCGUGGAGGGCAGUUCUUAGUUAAUCAGCAGCUACAGCAGGUCUCCCCCACUGUGCUGCACCUCUCGGCCUCCCAGGGGAACAUGCCCACAGCCCGGGCAGAGUUCCCCAUGAGUGGACAGGCGGAUUCCAUGAUGGUCCAGGGCGUUCAGAUCCAGAACAGGUUUGCUGUCAUGAACUCGACUGGCUCCAUGCAUCCUGGCUACGGAGCUCAGAGCCAGCCGGGGGUUCAAGGAGGCACUGCCCAGCAAGCCCUGCAGCAGCAGCAGCAGCAGCAGCAGCAGUUACAGGUCAGUCAGCAGGUACCCAUCAGCACGGGCCACCGCUUCCUCAUCCCUGUGUCCCAAGCAUCCAGCACCAGCACUCAGCAUGUGGGGAAUCACGUGGCACAGCAGCACUUUGAAACGCCGCCGUUUGGGCAGAGUCAGGUUCAGAAGGAAGCAACGAUUCAAACAUCAGCAGGAUUUGUUUCGAAGCUGCAGGAUGGCUUAAGACAGCCUCAGUUGGUCAACCUUCUCAGUAACAAAGCUGGUAAGGUCUUGGGCGGAUUAUCGUCAAACUUGGAGAACGUACUGCACCUGCAGAACAGAGUGUCCAUACAGAGUCCCCUUCAUCAGAACACACAGGUUGGUACACAGAAGAGGCCAGCGUCUCAACAGCUAACAAAAGGAAGCUUCAUCCUACAGCAGCUGCACAAGGACCAGACCUGCGUCCAUGCAGCAGAUCGCUCCCCCUUCACUUGUGUGGACGAGGCGAUACACAGACUGCUGCCUUACCACGUCUUUCAGGGAUUGCUGCCUUCCCAAGAAGAGUUUACAAAAGUGGAUGAUGAGUUUGAGGCAGUUUCCACGCAGGUGCUGAAGAGAACACAAGCCAUGCUGAACAAGUACAGGCGCUUGCUAUUGGAGGAGUCCAAGCGGCUCAACCCCUCCUCAGAAAUGGUGAUGAUUGACAGGGCAUUUAAUCAGGAGGAGAGAGCCACGCUGACUCGGGCGAAGCGGCUGUCUCUCAUGGACCCAGAUGGCUUCCUGGAGGACUUCUGUUGCUUGGCCAAGCCUACAGAGCAAAGCGCUGGUGAAGAGACGGCGCCCCCUCACCUUGCUCUCUCCUCCCCGAGCUGCGCAUCUCCGAGCUGGGCCAGGCUCCCAGGACUGAGGGCCGAGCCCAGGGGAUCCAGCCCGGCUCCACGCAGCUCAUUACAGUGCGAUUCAGCAGACAGCCCUGAGCAGAUGAGGAAGGACUCACAGACUGCCAAGCCCAGCGGGACUCUACCCAAGGGCCCUGGAGGGGAAGCCCCUCCCCAGCAGGAGGUUUCCCUGAACCAGCACCUGGAGACGGCAAUCAAGAGCAUCCUGGACCUGAAGAAAAGCCAGAGACCCCCACUGAGCAGUAACAAGAGUAACAAUAACAACAGCAGCACUGCCACGCCUCCCGCACCGCCAGCACCCGUCAGCACAGCGCAGCCCAAUGCCACGACCACUGAGCCAGUAGCAGGGCGGCGCUCCGACAAGCCCCUCACUCCUCAGGCUGGCCAGGGUGCAGGAGACACAGACUCGGCUCUCGAAGCAGCUGUAAACAGCAUCUUAGAAUGUUAGGGGGGGCCAUCCCUUCCAGCCCACCACCACCCGCCCAGUGCAGGAGCACCAAGGCGCUGGAGCAUGGAGAGAACGCAGCAUUUCAAUGCACUUCAGCACAAAGGGACUUCCUCUCGCAUCACGGGAGGAGGGAAGAGGUGUUUCUUUAUUAGUGAAGAAACAUGUUUUUCUUGACUUUUGAGGUAAAUGUCUUGCCAAAAGGAAUGUGUAUCAUGUCUCUAUCAUACUGUGAUAUGGAAAAAUAUGACUAUGUGGAGAUGUCAGAUUUGCAAAUACUUACAUAUGUAAGCAUAUGUAUCUGUGGUAAAGUGUAUUGAAACUGCCCUGCUUGACCCGAGCAAGCCAUGCAUUGUUUCAUGUUGUCUGAGCUGUGAAGGGGUUCAGCCUGGGACACUAAACAUCUCUGAGAAGGGCGGGAAAUUACUUUUUGACCAAGUAUACGAAACAGGAGCACUUUUUAUUUGAAGAACAGUAUUUUUGUUUGUAAAUUGUUGUUGUGUUUUUUGGGGGUUUUUUUUGUACCUUAAAGGUAUGUGAAGCCCAAACCCAUUAUAACAAAAAGAGGAGCAGUGUAAUCUCAGACUGAGGUUUGUAUGCAUUGUAAUGAAAAAAGGAUGCUAAGAGGGCAUUACCUAUAAUACAUGGGUUUGAUCAUU